AUGUGUGCUGAUUAUAGCCUGUUGUUCCCUUUUCACAGAGUAACAGCUAAAACUCAUUCACUGACUUCAUCUUCAGAAGCAUCUGAUACUCAGCUGGAGUUUGUCAACUGUGAAUUGAAUGGUAUAAAAUGGUGGAAAACCUGCUUUCCAAAGGGAUAGUUACAAGUAAUUUAGAAUUUAGGAUUGUUUGUACUUGUUGUACAACUUCACCUUAAAUGACUAUUUAACUACACAGCUCAUAAAUUGGAAAAAUCUUUACAGUAAUUUUUCUGAUAAGAAAUGUAUUUAAUAUCAGUCUCUCAAAAUCUGAGAGAUGUCUGACUUUCAGGUUACUAAUGCUUUGUGUACCAUAAAGCAGGUUUUGUUCAUUCAUUAUUACCAUGUGAGGUACACGUGUUAAACAUUUUAAUCAAUAUCUGGAAUACCUUUUGAUAGAUAAAAUAACAUUAAAAUUAGUCUAGAAUCUCAGACAGAAUUUGGCAUCUCGUAAAAAGUUACUGCUAGAAUAUAAUUCAAAGAUAGUUGCUUGCUUUUUGCUUUGUUUUUGUGAAAUGUGUUAAUUAUUUUUUAAUGAAGAAUUUCAAGUUCUGCAAAGAUUCUAAAUGAUAGAUUCACUAUAAUUAUUUGAUUAUGUUGACCAAAGGUAUUGGAGAAAUACCUGAGAAUGAUACCAUUAAUUACAUAUACAAGAGUUCUGAAAUGUCAAGAUUUUUUUUCUUUUCAUUUUAAUUUAAUAGAAAAUAAAUUUAAAAACUUGUACUAACAGUUUUUUGUAUGGUAUAAAAUUGAUCGACUUAAGUUCAUUAAUUUGUUUAAAAUACCCAUGACAAAAGUGUGAUCCUCACCUUGUUUAUUUGCCAAUUUGUGUGAGAAUAAAAGUUAUAAUCAAGUAAUACACAUACUGUUUGCUAUAUAUCAAUAUAUAUAUAUAUGUAUUGGGGGAGGAAAAAGACAAGUAAAUUACAAGUUCAUCCCUACAGACCUUUUUCGUGGUUGCCCACUCAUCAGGGGAUGAUGAGUGGGCAACCAUGAAACAGGUCUGUAGGGAUGAACUUGUAGUUUAUUUGUCUUUUUCCUCCCACAAUAUAUACAAUGCUCUACUCCUAUGUAUUGAGCACUGUGUUACAAAAGUCAAAAUUUUACACUUUAUAUAUAUAUAUAUCAACCAAGGCAUGGUACCAUGAAAGGCACAAAUAUUAUAUACUUUGGUAGUAAAUGUUUUGCUAGUUUGGGCUUCCUAACCUAUGAAUGAAUAAAAAAAAAACAGUCUAUUGUCAUCUAGCCACAUCUAGCCAACCACGGCAAAAGACCCAUGCUCAACAAGGUCUUAUGGGAAAUUCUACAUCCUAACAUUAAUGUUUUUUACAUUAGAAAGAUGAUCAAGGCUCUUGAAAUUAAGAGAUGCAAUGAAGCAAACAUGUCAAUCAUGAAUGGUGGAUGAAUAGGAGGAACACUAACAAUAGAGUAACACUUCAAGUUAACAAACCCUAGCAGCCUAUUGUAUAAAUUUAACUAGCCUAAGUAUGCAUAACUUUACUACCAAAGUAUAUGAUAUUUGUUCCUUUCGAAGUCUUUAAUUUAUUUUUCUUAUAUACAUAUAAGUAUAUAUGUAUUGAUUUAGGGAAAAAACAAUGAGACUUUCGUCCCAACAUGCCUGUUUGGAAGCGGGCAUGUCAGCUUGUAUGUAUGUUUAUCAGUCAGUGUGUGUUUGGCAUGUGAGGCUUGUUGAUAUGAAAGCCUUGAUACUACAUACAUUGAACAUAGGGAAUAAAAGGAAACUGUGCUCACUGUUGAUGUUUUUGUUGUUGCUGUCGUCGUUGUUGUUUUGUACCAAAAAGUCCUAGAAGCUAUAGUUUGUCAUGCUUAGUGUUUUUUUUUGUUUUUUUUCUUUAAUGCUAAGUGAAUAAACAAGAUGCCUUUAGCAACUAAUUGAUUUUCACUGGUUAACUCCAGGGCUUUGCCCCGUUGGAGUGAUUGAGUCUGUGAUCACUAUGGUGUUUCUUAGAACAUGAGCGAAAUCCGCUCCAUCCUAACAGAUAAAAGGAUUAGGAAGUAUAUUUGCAAAUUGAUUUUUUGCGACUAAGCAUAAUCUCUUUAGGUGACACUUUUCUGGAAUACCCAUUUCCAAUUCCUAAAUAUUAUUUUGGCUUCAAAAAUCUAGUUUCUUCUACUUGUGCAGCUUUUCAUGAACUGCCUUCAUAUAGCUCAUUUAAACUCAUUCUCUUGAUAGUAGGUGGGUUUUUAAUUGUAAAAAAACUUUUAAAAGAAACAAUAAUUUUGUAAAAGUUCUAUUGGUUGCUUUGUUCGCAUAAUUAGUUCCCUUUGCAUUGGAAACCUUUGCUAUAUUAGAUCUCUGAUUUUGAUCAAGUGUUAAUGUGAUCAAGACUUUUAUUCUAAAAACAAUGUUUCUAGCCUUAAGUCAGAUGUCUUGUGACACAGUCUUGUGUUAUGUAAAUGUAUUGUUUUGCUUUCUGUUAAUACAAAUUCGCCUUCACGCCGUAUUUUGAAAGACAAGCAAUAUCAACUCUACUAUGAUGCGCUCAGUGGCCAACCGGAUGGAGAUAUUGGAUAUGCGCCAGAUUUCAAGUAUUACGACUUACGUUGAAAAUUCAAAUUAUCUCUGUUAGACAAGGUCAAAUUCCAUGUUACGCAGUUAGAGGUAAAGCUUAAUCGAUUGAAAUAUGAAUGUAUGAUUACUUGUACGCGUCCGUGCUCAUAAACAACUGUGGGUUGGCAACGGAAUAACACUCCGUAGGAGAUAAUCAGCUGUGACGUCACUACAGCUAAAUGACAAAAUUCCGUAACACCUCUGUAAGAAUUUGACGUACGUGCAGAAGUUCUUGAAGAGCGAAAGAGAGAAAAACUAUCGCGGCUACUCCGUGAAGUUCAGAAAUCCCUGGCCAAACUUUAAUUCUUAGACCACCUCGCCUUCGGUGGAGAUUUUGUUUGGUUUUGUGCGUUUGACACUGAGAUUGUAAGUUCGAAAGAUUAAUUAGCGCCCAAGGGAAAGAACGAUUGAAUCACUUACUCUGUAGAAGACUUUCUUCUCCCUGUACAGCAAAGUGCAUCAACAUGGGAAAUUCAUGCAGCGGUUUACCUCCUGACUGUGAAAUAAUCGUUAAGACGGGUGAUGUGAAAGGAGCAGGAACAGACGCUAAUGUUUUCAGCGCUCUGUACAACGAAGAUGGCACUCGUUCGCGUGACUUGAACCUCGACUGUAAAUGGAAGAACGAUUUUGAGAAGGGUUCCGUGGACCGAUUUAAAGUUCACUGCGGCUUGCCACCCGGUCGUUUGCAUAAAAUUGAAAUCUGGAGGGACGACAGUGGUAUCGGUGACGACUGGUAUGUGGAAUGGAUUAAAGUGAAGAAUCUUCAUCCUGGGUCCGACGAGGUGAUCUUUCCCUGUAACCGAUGGGUGAAAGCAGAACGAAAGUUAGUUUUGACAGAAUAUGACUGUGUACUGCCACAGUUUGACGAAUGCAAAGAACAACGGAAGAAAGAAUUAGAGGAUAAGAGAGACGUUUAUCGAUUAUCGCGUAAAGCUCCAGGCAUUCCUAAACAGGUUAGUGGUACAGUCUCAAUUAAUGUUGCUGUGGAAAUCUGUUUUAUUUUAUUGUACUCUGUUAGUCCUCAAGAAUGAAGACUCUUUAUCGCUGGCUUGCAAUUUCGUGGCAAGUUUUGAGGCAUUUACAAUCGCCGUUACGCAACUGAUCUUAAACAUUAGCAAACUAUUUCGCAGAUAACCAAAGUUAUGUAACUAUGGGUUUCUUUACUCAGCUAUUAGGUUAAAUGUAAUUAAAUGGUUGGUUAAGUAAGUUACGUAAUCAAAAAGUAAGACUUCUUAUUAUUUUCGGUUGUAGAUCGAAAGUUGUCCCCGUGACGAGAGUUUUAGCAAUGACUACAAGGUAUUGGUAUCAGCAAGUGAACAUUUAUUUAGUUAUUUAUUCGUUUGGUUGGGUAACUGGAAGAUUAAUUUAAUAACUUAACUUAAAAACUCAACUUGUUUACCUGAAGAAAUAUUUCUCUUGGUUAAUUAUUUUCCUGGCUUGUUUGUUGUACUCAGGCGAGAGAUUUCUAAUUACUAGAACAGCUAUUUUGAGUAUGCAACCAUUUGAAUUUAAAUUCAUCCUUCUGAAUCAAUGCAGUUCUCAAUAUUUCUGUGUACUUGACACAUUUGCCUUCUUUCGGUAUUGAGAGCAUUGUUUGAAGUUUGACGUAAGCUCUGAACAUCGGAAGAAAAUCAAACAAAAACAUUAAACACGACAAUAAUAUUAGCUGUUAUUGUAUUGAAAAGGUACAUAACACCCGUUGAUUCUCAGUGAUUUAGAGCACUAUAAUGGAAAAAUUCACUUUUAUUAUACUGAAGAAGUACAUGAUACCUGUUAAUUCAAAAGGAUUUACAGACUAAUUCAUAACGAUUUACAGACUUAGCCAAGUACAGCCUUAAUAUAAUAUAAUAAAAUAAUAUUCACUUUUAACAUCUCUUUUAAACAUAUUGGAGAUGGAGCUGAUUGCAAUACAGCUUGAUUCUUUGCCUUUCUCUUUCUGACUUAAUUAAAGCUUUUUCAUGGUCAAACACUCCGAGGAAUCAUAAUUUAAGAAACAAUUCAGAGAAUAUUUCCUAGGUCUCUGUUGUUAUUACUUCUUGUAUCCCCUUCACAAUUUUAAUUAAUUAUGAUUUAGGAGUAGAAUUGGAGCCAGUUGUAAAGCAUAGUUGUGCUGUUUCUUCUUUACAGUGGAAUAUUCAGCAGACCAAGUACAAGUUGGCUGUGAAGUGUAAGCUGGCCAAAUUAACUUCUGAUCCCUGGGAAACAUUAGAUGACAUGAGCAAUCUAUACAAGGGAAGCCUCAACUUACCUUAUGUAAGGACAUCUUUCAAAAAUGCAUCUUGGAUUGAAACUGAAUCAAGAAAAAUUCAGGUUGGUAUCAAGUUGAUCAUGGUUUCUUUUUUGUUUUUUACAGGGCUAUUUUAACUGGAAAGAAGACUCAAACUUUGGCCGUCAGAGGCUUCAAGGGUGCAACCCAACCCUUAUCAGACUUUGCAUGGAAAUCCCUGAAAAGUAAGACAGUUUAUCAGUGGGCAUGAGUUUUGUAAAUGGUUAGUUAGUUAAUGUUAUCUAGCUUUUCACUGAAAGUUUAUAUCUGCCACUGGACCACAGUCAUGGUUAUGUGUGACUACCUUGAACACUGGUUCAACUCAUAUGUUCCAUAUUUAUGGCUGUCAAUGAAUACUUUAAGCCAAAACUGGGAUACAAUUGAUCCCUAGAAACUAGAGAUCAAGAGGAAAACUUUUUUCUUAUUUCCAAGAAGAAUUAUGUCUUGAAUUUAUCAAAGAGUGCUUUAUAGAUAACUCACUUAUUUAAAAAUUUUAAUUUUCUUUUGUAAUGUUGGUUGUUAAAUAAAAAUCCAAUUUGUGUCAUGAUAACAAUGGUAUCUUCUAGUUUCAAGGUCACAGCUGAGAUGGUGGAACCGUUCUUGGAAGGGAUUACAUUGGAAGAGGCAAUGAAGAAUAAAAAGAUCUACAUUGUGAAUCUGAAAAAACUCACAGAGAUCAUGUGUAGAUUUAACAGAGUGGUGAGUUAGGUUAAAACUAUAGAAACUUAAAGAUCCAUCUAUCCAGCCCCUAAGAAAUGAUAGCCAAUUCACUCUGUAGUUGGUUGUUAUUUCGAUAAGCGAUACCAAAAAACAAACAAACCAAAAAAUAAACAAAUCCAGGAAAGUACAAACUACUGAUUUCUUUGGAGACUCUUUCUCUUGUAUUUACCACAUCACUCUACAAGAAAUACUUACACAGCUAAAUCGAAUAGCAUCCUUAGUUUUACUGAUUGUGAUGAAUUUGUUUCCCUCAGAUCUGCAAACCAAUGGCUUUAUUCUUUGUCAAUGGCGGAAACGAGCUAAUGCCCAUUGCAAUCCAGUUGUUCCAGAAGCCAGCUGAUAACAAUCCAGUGAGUCUGUAUAAGUUUGCUACUUAAGUCUCAGAGACUCAAAAACUGAAAAGAAAAAUGAAAAAUAAGGUUGUCAUUAUUGGAUGAAAUUCUGACAGUGACUUAUGAGCCUUAAGAGUGAGACUAAAUUACAAGCAUGGACACAGUAAAACCUUUUUGUUAUAAGGCCUUAGGACCCCAUGAAGCUACAUGUAGUAUGACUGAUAAAAUAAAUACUCAGGUUGACAUGGUUGUUGUUGUUGUUAAUGGUAGGUUUUCUUGCCAAGUGAUCCCAAGUACACCUGGAUGCUUGCCAAGAUGUACUAUAACAAUUCUGAUGCAGCUUUUCAUCAGUCCUGCACUCAUCUUGGUAAGGAAUAUUUGCAAUAAAUUUAAAACAGAAGACAAACUCUGAUGAAAGGAUAGGAGAGACAUAAACCAUUAUCCUUUCAUUUUUCUUUGCUUCUCUGAUGGGGUAUGGGGGCAGGCCUUGAGUGGUCACUAUGAUGUAUCAUCUUAAUUGGUUCUUGGCCCUUUUUUUAGCCUUCCAUCGUGCCUAACUUAACAGUUAAGCCAAUGUGACAGUGGAGGACCACACUCUGAAUUUUAAGUAGAUGCAAGUUGGAAUCAAUGGUCGGAGAAAUCUCAUGGAAAUUCUAAGGCAGUUGUUUUUACUAUAUUCAUUUAUAGGAUUAACCCAUUUAGUAGCUGAAACAAUAUGCGUGGGAACUCAUCGUCAGUUGUCACCAUCACAUCCUGUUUUCAGGCUGCUUGCUCCUCAUUUUCUGUAUCUCCUGGCCAUCAAUUCGUGAGUACCUAACAUUUAUUGUGGAAUGUAGCCAAUAAAAUUCUCGCUCUCUCCUUAGUAGAAAGAGAGAAAGGGAGGGAGCUCUUGAAGUCACCAGAACUCUGUUAAUGUGCACACAGGUUUUUGAUUCAGUGGAUGUUUGUCAAUACUUUCUUCAAUCAAUCGAUCAAUUCUUAUUUAGAGACAGCACCACACAGUAGUUUGUACAAUUACUAUUGAGCCUGUGGCCACCCUUCUUUCUCACAACUUUUGGGGGCCACUAACUAAGUGGUUGUCGAAACCUUACUUUAACUGUCACAGGAUGUCUUCUGCCAGCUUUUCUAUGCAACCCUCAAAAGUCCAAAAGUUAAAAAUUUUUAACUGGUCUUAAGAUCUUGUAAACCGGAUUGUCAACCUUGGAUGGGGUUACAAGUUUAUAAAAUAAAUAUAUAAGUCCCAUACACAGAGCAGUAGAAGACAGUAGCAGCCUUGGAGGAUGAAGACAUGAUUUGGAAGGCUGAUUUCUUCUCUUGUUCCUUGGAAUGCCAGAGGAGAAGGUUCUAUGGGGGAUGAUGAUGAGAAGUAAUGUAAUUGGCUGAAUAUGUGUUUGCUGUUUAUGAUUAGCCUUGCUCUGGCCAAACUUGUUGCACCAAAUGGAUGGAUUGACAACACCAUGACAACUGGAUCAGGUGGAUUGAUGGAACUUGUCAGUCAGUGGUAAAUAAAUAUGCUCUUAAUUUAGUGUUCAAGCCCUUUGCAUAUCAUUUCAUACACUCAGGCUUCUAUGCAACCUUUGUAAUCUUGACAUGACUAAACUUUUUUUUUUAUUGUGAAAUUUUACCAGUUGGCAAAACUGGAGAAUGGAUAUUGAUGGAUGGCUUCCUUCUGAUCUUGAAGCUCGAGGGGUAUGUACAUGUACUUUUGUCACAUUUGCAUUUAUGUACUUGUUAGGAUAUCAAACUUAACUUAAUUAAUCUGUAAUUAUUUGUGACUCCCCUAAUGAAAUGUGAAGAAUUCUAUGCACAGUUGAGUGAGUGAUGGUCAAAAUGUCCUAAUCUGUUUUUAAGGUGGAUGACAAGGAAGCUUUUCCCAACUACCCCUACAGAGAUGAUGCAUUGCUCAUUCAUGAAGCCAUUUAUACCUACGUACGAGAAGUCUUGGAAGCUUUUUAUGGUGAGCAAAUACUAUUUUGUGGAUAUAAUUUUUACUUUUGCUACAUUGUCAAGUCCUGUGUUGGAGCAAUUUUAGAUUGGGUAUCAACAUGAUAUGGGGGAUUGCUUUGGUUUUACCUAACUGUGUUCUGUGAUUGGUCCACAAAACUAUGCAAUCCUCUCAACCAAUCAGAUCCACAGCUACAAACAAUCACAACUUGGACAUUCGCCAUUUUUCAUUCUUGAAGCAGUGUGCUUGUUUUCACUUUGAAUUCUCAUAGGCUAAUCACAAUGUGAACCUUUAUUCUGACCAGCCACUGUAACAAGUUUGGUUUUGGUUUUUCCAUAAUCACUUGAUUUCUAGUCAAAAUGGUUACUGUUUACACUCAUUUAUAAAUAUUUCAGACUCACCAGAAAAACUGACAGACGAUUAUGAAAUCCAGAACUGGGGACACAUGUUGGCUGACCCAGAAGAUGGCUUGGGAAUCAAGGUACCACUAAUUCUCUGUAGAUUCCAAAAAUUUUCUCAGGUUAUAACUGAAUUGCAAUUGAGCCACAGCAAGAGCACUGUAGAACUCUCUUUUUGGUUUUUAAAGGGUGAUACGCUUUUGUGUGUUUUACAGGGUGUUUUUGGAGGUGGAAAAUUUACAGAUUUGGAAGACUUGAUCAAGGCAGUGACCACAAUUAUCUUCAUCAGUAGCGUGGGGCAUUCUGCGGCCAAUUUCGCUCAGUAUGAUGAGUAUGCUUUUCCACCAAACUAUCCUGCAUUCUUACGUGGGAAACCUCCAACAAGCAAGGUAAUUUUGCGGCUUCAGUCUGUUUCUAUCCUUGGGAUGGUUGCUUAGAUGAUUAUUGAUGUUAUAGAUAUGUUGCUCUCCCUAUUUUCAAAAUUUUUGUUUUUAAUUUUGUCACUCUUGUUGUAAUUUUUAAAUCAUAAGAUUCUUUAAAUGGCAUAGAUUAAUGGACUGUUAAGAACACGGAAAAAGAAAGAGAUCCGAGAAAGUUACACUUGAAGCAAAGAAAAGAUGCAUAGAGAUUCAAUCCCAAUUUUUAAUUUAGGAUAGCACAAGGAUUGCAAAUUUGGAUCAAGUUUUAACUGAGUGUCUAUAGUAAUCCGGGAUUACCUUGCUUUUGCUUAACUUCGCUCUGUGAUUGGUCAAAUCAGAUCCUAAAGCAAACCAAUCACGACUUAGUCACGCGUGUUUUCCCGCGCUUUAGGCGAUUUGUUUGUUUUUACUUUGAUUUCUCAUUGGCUUUUUAAGAUAUUUUCCUUCCUUCUGAUUGGCUGUAAGGAUCACUUUGGUUUUGAUUUUUAGACACUUAAUCGAAAAGCGCUCUUUAUAAGAGGCGGGUAGGCGUAACAGGUAGCUAAAUACAUUUUUUUUAAAAAGCGACAAGUGGAACUGUACUAACGGGUUGUAUACAUGUUUUAGGAACCUCUGACAGAAAAGGAUAUCAUUGACUCCCUUCCAGUGAAAGACAUGACGCUGGACAUUAUUAUUGUGACAAAAAUACUCAGUGAUCGCGGUACGAACGCUCUUGGUGACUUUGAAGUGCAAUACAUGUACGACCCAAGAGGAACCAAGCCUGUGGAAAAGUGAGACAUUUACUGCCGUAAUACCAAAAAUAAAAUGAAUAUAUAAAAUAACUUAGCUGAUCUUGAUUUCAACUUUUCACGACUGGAUAUUCAGAUAUCUCAGUGUCGUACUGUAAAAGUGUUUGGACUCAACGCGAAAUCGAUCGCUUAAUGCGACAAAUCUCUUCAUGUGUACUGCUCUUAAAAAAGGGUAAUUUAGUAUUAUCAACUGAGUUGAUAAUGUAACUUGCCCACCGAAAAGAGUCUCAAAGGCGUUUUGUCACUCAACGAGUUCGGCCUUCAAGUUUACUGUAUGCAUUGUAACCUACCCUGUGUAAUUUACACCCUCGAUUUGAUGUCAAACUGCCAUAGUUAAGAAAGAUUCACUGUAAUUAAAUUUCGACAAUCUAUUAACCUUUCAGGUUGAGGAAGCGUUUGUUGGAAGUGAGUGACAUUAUCGCGGAGAGAAAUAAGAGCCGACCAUUCCCUUAUCCAUACCUGGAUCCUAAGGAGGUUCCUAAUGCCAUCAGUAUUUAGAAACUUGGUAUCCGCAGAAUCCCCUGAAAACUACAAACCACUACAGUGAGAAAAUAAUUCAUUACCUGCCGCCUUUCAAUCCCAGAUGCCAGACUACUGAAGGAUGGAUAAACAGCAAGCAAAAACUGAGAUCACUUUGCAAAGGGUAGUCCUCGCGUUUACUUUCCGUAUUUGUUAGUGCUCAUUGUCUAAAAUAAGGAGCGUGUACUUUUAAGCUAUUGUGAAGGUUUCGUUUCAUACUCAAAACCCGUAAAUGGUCAAUCUUUCUCUGAAGCUCUUACACUGAAUUUGAAAUGUUCGCUUAACCAUGAGUUUACCCAGUCGUGUGUUCAACAUCAAUCUCAUCGAGGUUGCACCACUUGAACAAGUUCUCAAAUCAAGAAGAUUUAAUCGGUGUCAGUGGUACACCACUCGAGACUUCAGACUUAAAGUAUUUUUGAUAGUAUAUGAAAUAACAAAUAUUCCACCCUUAAUAUAUUUGACUGAUUAGCACAACCCAAUUUUUGUAUUCUUAAGUGCUUUAGUGGUUUAAGAUUCCAUGUCAAGUGCUGAUUUGUAAAUUACGUAAACGGAGAUAGCGUGUAUUCUUAUCUGGUAAUUAAGUUUUGUUUAAAAAUAUUUAUAUUUUGCACUUAGGGAGAGAGAGAGUCUCUUUGUAAAAUGAAAAUUUAGAUUUAGCUGAAGACGUACGCUUGUUAUCUCACUUAUUAUUUCACUCAGUGAAGCGUUUGUAACCGAGUAUUUCAUGUCUAACGACUAUUGUAAAACAAGUGGUUACCUCAAACGCUUUGCAAGUGAAGAGACAUACAUUUAAACACGAAAAUUAUCACACAAGGCGAUGUUAGAUAAAUACUGGAAGAAAAAACAAAGUAGUUUUGUAAUUGAGAAGUUUUAUCGUUGAUACUGUGUGGGACGUGCGAGACUCGACGGCCAAAUGUUCAGUGCGAUGGACUUGAGGUCGAGAGGUCUGGGAAUGAUACCUGGUUGGGUAAAUGUGUUGUAUUCUUGGGAAAUAGACCUCGCUCUCACAGUUCUCCAUCCAAGGGUAUGAAUGAGUAACGACGAAUUACCAGGAAAGCUUGGUGAAAUGUUAGUCGAACCUUGCGAGGGCCUGGCAUUCCAUCCAAGGGGGAGGGGCGAUACUCCUAGCGACUUCAUGCUAAGGAAACUUGAAUAAGCUCCGACAGGGUGGGUCAGCAACUUUCGUCACCAGGCUGAUCUUUUCGCUCGGUUGAAUAUCAUUAACUAUGUACCAACUCACCCAGCUUCAUCUUCUAUAGCAUUCGAUACUCUCAUCAAUAUAGGACCCAUGCACUUUUCCAGUGAUAGCCACGGUUUUAUGUCUCCAUGGCUUGUUCAAUUAUCAUCGCAGCCCUGUCUCAUGGUGCUGUGCUGAGGAAUGGUCUGGUUUUAGCGGCAAUCUGGAGGAAUCCAUCUCAGUGCAGGUCAUCAUCAGCUGGCUCUUUGGUGAUCACUGGGUUUAAAGCACGGGCAGUGCUGUUUACUUUGUAUCAGAAAUGAACUAUUAAACGAAUCGCAAUAUAUUCAUAAUCGAGCACUUGCACUUCACACUGUCUGUAGGUGAAGAGGAAUACGGAAGAGUAUACAAAUUCUUGAUUUUUAUGUUUGCCGAUUUUCUUUGAUGCCACUAUCACAGCUUACUUUUAAGUUUUCCAAAUAAUCUAGCCGGCAAAAGCAACAAAUGAAAUUUGCAGUACCUCAGCCAGCCACCAACGUUAAGAAUUACAAGAAAUCUUAGUUAUUUUUCACACAGGGUUCUUCUUCUUCGACUUAAUUCAAACCAAAACUCCUUAAAGAAACUUUCUAAGUCGCUAUAAACUGAAAAGCAGAUGAAUAUCAUGUUAUAAACUGCUUUAUUUUUUUACUGAUGGCAUCAAAGUAAUUAAUGGAGAGCGUAUCUAGACAGUCGGGGUAAAAUGAUAAAAAUUAUUUAAUUGAUG